AUGCACUUGGACGAGCUGCAACGACAGUCAAACUACAUGAAGUUCUUGAACGUUUCAUCUCAAGUCUUGGAUUCAAGCCAACCCACAGCUGAGGAGGAAGAAGAGGAGGACGAGGAGGAAAGAGACGAAAGCAACAGAUCAGAGACUUCAGGUGACAAUGAGGAAGAAGACAGGCAGAAUGAGGACGAUGAAGUCACUACAGGUACUGAGGAUGAAGGGGCUGGUGGAGAUGUAGCAGUGGUUACUGUGGCUUCCGCUGCAGCUGCUGCUUUGAACAGGAACAGAAUGCUGGAUCUUGAUGGGAGUGACCAAGAGGCGAUGUACCAAAGAUACUUACAGAAACAGACUGCAGAGCUUGAACAGCUGCAGCAAGAGAGACAAAGAUUACUGGAGGUACAACAGGAACUAGCAAGAAUGAGCCAACAUUCUGAAGCUCACAAGACAGUUUCAACACAGGUAUGA